AGUCAGCUGAGGACCAAACUUCAUCUUCUACAAUUUAUCAAAUAGAAGAGGAACUGUCAUAUUUGAAUGUGAUAUCCAAGAAAUCAUUGACUACUGGAGUAAUGUUCAAAUUGACCAGUGGUCAUUUGACUCAGAAACAAGUUCAAAAGUUUCUCUGGUGUGCCCAGCAAGACAGUGGAUGGGAACAAGAGUGGCCUAGAAAUAUGCCAAGAAGAGGACAGCCAUCUCCACACCAACAACAUUGA